GGGAAAUAACUGCCAUUCUACCAGACACCACGUAAACUAAACAAAGUGGGGUAUCAUAAUAAUGUGUCUCCAAAUCAGAUGACGUGAUUCACCUCGUAUCCUACUCACCGCACAACAAUUGUUCCUUACUGACGGCCGUUUGCCUCGGUGGUCGCAAAAUGCAGACGACUCUGUGGCAGGAAAACCAGACCAUAUGGCAGUCCUUCAUGUCAAAGGUCAACCAUGCUAUCGUGUACUUGGACACUGGUAUGGCGGAGCUACUCCACUGGUCUGGGGGUAUCGGGUUACUCCUGGCAGCUGGUGCUGACGACGUCCGGGAAUUCUCUUCCUUUGAGGGAGCGAGUGAGAACCACCAGAAGGGGGUGUUCGUUGUGAGUUCUCCGUUACUCGGGGUUACAGAAGAAAUCAUACGGGAUGUUGUCACUCAAAGCCGGUUCCAGUAUGUGGUUGUCAUGACGACUGUGAGCCCCUUGUUACACGUGGACAGUGCGGCCCAAGACACGGAGGGGGACGGUGUGUUUGAAGAGUUUGAGGAGAAAGUCUUGGAGUGGAUGGGCAACAUGAACUACACGGCAGAGGUGGUACACCUCCCUCUGUUCAGCGCAGUCGUCUGUCAGGAACUGUUUCUGGCACCGACAUUCUCCUCACUCUUCCCUCUGACGGCCGCCGACGUGAACCAGAUCUCUUACCAAUACAACGCCACACGGCAUGGGAAGGACAGCAAAUCGAUACAAAGCCUCGAAGACGUCGAAUGCUCUAAUUUGCCAGAAGCUCUACAGCAACAAAUAAAGAUGUUGUCGAGCGGUCUCCACGCGCUGCUGCAGGUGCUGGACGUGAGGGAGGACAUCUACUCCGUGGGACACACCAGCCGACUCAUCGCCACCGAGCUAGAGAGUUACCCCCCUGCAAGGUCUCGGAGAAAAACGUGUCAGAACCGAGCUUCUAUUGUGUUGUUGGACCGCACGCUGGAUACAGCGUCUGCCCUCACCCACCAGAUGGACACACUGCUGGACAGACUGAUGAACACACUGCCCCGGCUGGAAGGACACUCCAGCGACUGCCAAGUUGACAUGAGCUCUCUGUGCCAGGUCGACAAGAGUUCGUCAAGUGUUAUUUUACCCGGGAGUCUUGCCUCAACUGACAGCUCGAAGCUCCCGUCUCACCUGGUGCCCUUGAUUCACAAAAGACAAAAGGAAGCGCUGAUGGACGUAAACCGCAAACUGGUGGAGACAGCAGCGUCGGAAAAACUGCCUCUCAAUCUGGCGGCCCGCCCGGGUCGGGUGACGGCUGACCAGCUGGACUCUACUCUGGCCUUGUUCUCUGGCAAGUACCCACUGAUCAGCAAACACCUGGACACCCUUCAAGUUGCUGCAGCAAUGUGCCAGACCUUGCGACACCCGUCGUCCGGUCACCUGGACAGUCAGGUGGCCUUGGAGAAGAACCUGGUGCAGGCCGUGGCGGAGGAAGGGGACGCGACUCCGAGUGGGCUGGCCGUGUUGUACCGAGCCAUCGUACAGGAGGCGGAGAAACCGGUCUCGGAGAGGAGUCUGAGCCUGGAUGACAUCCUGUGUUUGCUGACCUUCACCUUCUCUGUGUCUGACGGAGACUGCGGUGAUGAGGAAGAGGCCAAGCAGAUGAGGGAGAAGCUGGUGGAGCUGAUUGUGAGAGACGGUGAUGACCUCCCUCCUGUUGUGAGACACAUAGUGGGUGACAAAGUCAACGAGAGCAUCCUGAGUGACCAGGUGGAGAGUCUGUGGGAGAAACUGCAGGCUGUGGGAGAGGAGAGGAGCAGUAUGCAGCAGUUCAGGUCUGUCCUUGACCCUGGAGACAUGAUGACCCCGGCUCAUGUCCGUCCGCUGCUGAGGCGGGUGGUGGAGGCAGUGGUGGACCCUAACAAGCCGGAGCUGGUGGACGUGGAGUGCAAGUCUGGCGGGCUCAAAGAUCUCCUCAAGUCAGGCUUUGGGUUCUUUAAGAGCUCCGGCAAACCCCGUCCCGGCGACGCCCCGCUGUUGGUCCUGUUUGUGGUGGGCGGGGUGACCUCUGGGGAGGUCAAACAGGUCCGGGAUCUCUUGGAGAAAGCCAAACCCGGAUUGGAGGUUUUGAUUGGCAGUACGUGUUUGACUAGUCAGGAAUCCACACUCCGCUCUCUGUACGUGAAUGAUAACGUCAACAUAGACAUUUCAUGAAGGUGACACGUUUGUUUCUGACCUUUGGCCUUCCUCUGAGUGAAGAAAAGAAUAUCACUGAACCUAUAUAAAAUUGUUUAUUAAAUGCUUAACAAAUUCAUGA